ACUUUGUGCCGCUCGAGCGUGCGUAUAUAGUUCCCUCUCAUCAGUAACAGUAUCAGUAACAACAUCAGUAACAUUUCCUUCGCGAGUACCUUCAAAAGAGAUACAAAUCGAUCUAUCCAUUCUGCGGACAUACGAAAAUCGCACGAAACUCAGCUAUAGAAAUCGGUUAGCUUCUACUCGAGUCCGAAGAACGCGUAACUCCAGUGCAUCCCAUUGGGUGUCUGCCUUAAAGUGCGCCAUAAACUAAAAGCCAAACCUAAACGUCGGCGGAGAGGAGAAAUAAAUAACGCCCACCGAAACGCAACACCACCUACUGGUCACCCGUGGCAAACGAGAAGGGGGCGGAGAGGCGAAAUCACGGAGCAGCGAAAUACGGGCCAAAAAGAUAAAGCCGCCAGGACAGGGGAAAGUGGUAGAGGAAGCGACGUUGCCGCUCUUCACCGACCAAUCAGCCAAGAAGGCAGCAAUUAAGCGCGGUGUUAUCUGAACAGAUAGCGAUUAGAGGCGAAAAAAUAGACCCCAUUGAGUGGAAAAGCCCCAUUGCCGAGCCAAAGAGCGCGCUAGAGAGGUCGGAAAGGCGGGAGUCAGCCACACACGAAUCCCCAUUUGACGAGAGCGGGAGCACCCGGCCGGGAGAGCCCCGAGCAGCGCCACAUCGCCGCACUUCGAGCACCCCACUCAAGCACUCAACCUCAAACGCCGGGCACCAGUACACAUACCGCCUGUCAAAAUGUUUGCUGUAAUGCGAAUCGACAACGAUGACUGCCGGUCCGAUUUCCGCCGCAAGAUGCGUCCGAAGUGCGAGUUCAUUUGCAAGUACUGCCAGCGGCGAUUCACCAAGCCGUACAACCUGAUGAUCCACGAGCGCACCCACAAGUCCCCCGAGAUCACCUAUUCGUGCGAGGUGUGCGGCAAGUACUUCAAGCAGCGGGACAAUCUGCGCCAGCACAGAUGUAGUCAGUGUGUUUGGCGAUAAGCUAAAAUACCACAUAAACAUAUAUAUAAAUAUAUAUAAAACCACACACAGAGCAAUAUAUAAAGUAAAACCGAUAUCUAAGCACCGCAGCACCAACAACAGCACGCAAUAUCACAGCUAUAUCUUACACACACAUAAUGAAUGAAUGGGAUCUGAUGAGGCAACUGCAACACACACAGCCUACUUCUUCAUGCACCACUCUCUAAACAUAUAAAUACCUGCAACAGCAGCAACUGCAACAUUGCUUAAACCACUAGAUGCAAUCUACAGCCACGACAAGCGAUUAUAGUGAACGGAAUGCUACGUUCAGGUGUUGGUUUUCAAUCUAUUCGGUUAUCUGGUCUAUACAAUGCACUUGCCACGCCCCCAUCAACAGCAGACAAACACACAUAUGCAGAUGUUGCGCAGGCGCAGCACAACAGCAGCAGUUGCAGCAUAUGCAGCAGUGGCAACGGUUGCAACAGUUGCAACGCACAUUGCAACAGCAGCUUCCAUAGUUUCAAUAAUAUUUCCAGAAAUCUUCACAUGGACACUUGUGGGCGUGGCUGCUUCGGAAAGUGAUGAAGGCAGUCCCCUAAGGCAGACUGCAACUUGCAACAUCUAAUAGCUGAGAACGUGCAACAUCCCCAAGUGCAGUGAACAAUAAAGUGGUGCCAAAUCUGUAGAAGUCCACCGCUCUUCGCUUUAAGCUGCAGAUUUAAAAUCUCUACCUGCAAUUGUUAGCCUAACUAACCGAAAAUUGAGUUGCAACCAGCAACUUGCAACAUCUAGAAGAAAUCCAUUCAAUUCUACAAGCAUCCCACCCACAUCAACACACCAGCAACAGCAGAAAUCAACAGAAAUCCCAACAGAACUCCGCAACCAACUAACAACAACACAUGCAACACAACAGCAACAUGUUGCUGCUGGCUUUCUCACAUGUGUUGCACGUGCAGCCAGCGAAAGUGCAAUUAAGCCACUGCUUCUUGGGCUUUUAAAAGUGCAGGCAACAUCAGCAACACACAGAGCAGCACAUCAGCAACAUGCAGCAUGCAACAUGCGACACGCCAGCAAAAUGCAGCAUGCAACAUGCGACAACUAUCAGCUGCAAUUAUCUUGCCUUAAAACAUAUUACCGAUUUACACACAUAAACACACUCUUGCUAUAUUUUAUGAAUAAUAAAAAUUAAUUACAAUUUAA